AUGCAGCAUGGGCCAUUGACGCCGCUGGGCAGGCAGCUGAGAUCUGUGCGCGCUACCAUCACGGCCAAAUCUCCCAUCAACAACAAUCGCCAUGGCCUCCCACUACCACCGCGCACCUUCGUGUCCUCACUCCCAUCCUCGAGCCGACAGAAGAGUGCAACCAAGCCCGACCCAGACGGCCAUGACACCCAACCCUUCACGCCUUUCGCGGACACAAAGCCGAGCACAGAAUCGGAAGCCGCCGUCCAAGUGCGAUGGAGUGGCCCAAAUGAAUAUGAUGCAGGGCACUUCACCGAGAGCAGCCCACCGCGCUUCCGCGGACGAGCGAGGACAGACCACUUGACAGAGGCGCUGCAAGAGACGGCUCAACUACCUCCGCAUGCCUCGAACCGUCGACGGAAGCCCGACCAUUCCUACGUCGAUCCACAGAGCCGCGCGCCAACACAAGACUAUGGCCCGUGGGCCGACCAAGACAAGCUUGCUGAAGCCCAACGACAUGCUCGACUGCACGACGUCUCAGUGCAGCGCAUCCUCGCCGACUUCAUCCGUCACAAACCCCGCUCGCUCGACUCCGUGCCCGCCGAGUGGGAACCACCCUUCGCACUGGCGCCACUACAUGCACGUUUCUUGGCGCGGAAAGGUCUCACGCUGCAAGACAUCGAAGCGUUGGCAGACAUUGUCACCACACAGAACUCCUUCGACGCCGCCCAAAAGUUGGCCCGAUAUUCCGAGAGCCGUGGCUCCAACUACUUUCCCAUCUUCGUCUACCUGAAUCUCCUGAAGCGAAGCUACAUUGGUGCUCGAGCGCUACGAACAUUCAUCAACCUCGCCACCAUCAUGUUCAAGGAACGAGCUCAAUCUGUUCCACACCCAGACUACGAUCGACAUGCCAUUCUCCUCGCUGUCAUCCGCUUGCUGCGUCAUGCUCGCGAGGUGUGGCCGCAAUCCAUGCGCGCCACUGUGGAGCUCAUGCUGCAUCAUCUAGCCUACCGCGAGACUCUCCAGCCCUACGACCGGGAAGGACUCUCUACCGUCACCUACGAGCUGAACAAGAUCAUGGGCCUGGUCUCAUACGCGACAGCAAUACAGCCCUUCAAGGACAAUCCUCACCAGGAAGCCGCGAUAGUGCCAAUCUUGCGCUACAUGGCAGAGCAUGACCCGCCGCUCCACAUUGACCGUCAAGGCUACCGUGCCGUCAUACGAAUUCAGCUUUCCCAGAGGAAGACCCCAAACGAAAUACAGUGGGCAGAGUUGAAAGCGCUGUCUUGGCCACCAUGGAAGGUGGACCGCACGGCCAUGGACGCGUCAAUCGAUGCAGAAUAUGGCACCUCGAGAGCUGGUGCUACGCUGACUCGAAUGAAAGAAGCUGGCUAUCGUCCACUGCAAUGGGAGAGAACCGCCCAGCUGUACACAGGCUGGGAUCCCGAUGGAACACCUACCAUCCAGAUGCGUGCACUGCACGAACAGCCGGGCGCACGCAUGUCUACGAGAUAUCUACGGGACGAACAAGGUUGGCCUGCCAAGAUUUCUAGUACUCGCACAAUCCAGGAAGCUUGGGCUUGCUAUCUUGCUUGGGAAGAUCAAAAGCUGCCUCAUGACCAAGCUGUCUACCUGGCUAUCCUGACGAGAUUGCGGGACGAGGAGAAUCGUUCAUACCGGGCCGGCAGACACCGCAACCACUACAGCCGACAUAUUCGAUCGGACAAGGCAUGGCCUUUGCUUCCUGGUGACACUGUCGAAAUAGCACCACUACCGCCUUCCACUCAUCUGUACACAUACACACGCACCAAGCCGCCCACUGUGGACGAAUUCUACAGGACACUGACAUCGCAAAAGGUGACUUUCAAGGGACACUGCCUAGCAUUUCUGAUCCAGCACGCCGCCACAGUGCAAGAAGCUGCACAGCGCAUUGAGGACGCUUCCUCAACAUAUCCGGACAUCACUGGCGUGCUCGUCCCAAACAUCAUUCGCGAUAUCACGAAGAUACCGCCUGCCAUCUAUGGAGCAAUCGUGAAAGUCUUUGCCCGCUUUGGACGUGUACCACUUUGGCGAGCGUCAGCAGAACCAGACUGGGGCCUUUCUUCUUCGUUAGCGAAAGAGAACGCCCGGGCGAUACACGGCCGCUUGAACCCUACGCUCUUUAUGACUCGUGCGCUCGAGUUGCUUCGAGAUCGUCCUGUAUUGCAUCGAAGAUUGUGGUCAGUCCUGCUGGAGGGGCUGACGAACAAAAAGAAUCGCGUUGCAAUGAGUAGAGCUUGGUUGCCGCGAGCUAAACUCUUGACCCGAUUGCAAAGCGUUGACAUCAAAGAAUCCGCUGACCAGAAGAGCCGUGGUGACCAUUGGGUUCCAUCGAAGCUGCCAAUAGAGAUUGAGCACCAUGCUUGUGCAAUCAACGCGUAUCGCAUCGCCCGUCGUCUGUUGGUGUUGAUGAGAGAGAACCAUCUAGAUCCCGAUGUUCUGGCUUUCCGUAGCUUUUGUUUGACUACCGAGAACAUGGUUAUCGCAGCCUGGGCGAUCCUGCAGAAGAGUGUACUCGAUGACGCAGCCGGCGUGGUAUGUGACAGACCUUUCAAUGUUCUGCGCGAGGACAUGAGGGUUCUGCUACGCAAAAGACCAAGCAACAGACCAAGCCACCAAAACCGUCUCAAAGGCGAAUUCGGGGCCUUGGUUGGGCAAGAUGAGACGCUUUCUCCCGCAGUCACGGAUGCGCAGGAGGCUACUCUCGCUGCAAAUGUGCCGAGAUUGCUCGUUGUACCCAGUGCAGCUAUCUUGCAUGGUUACGUCCGUACUCUCGGGUGGUUUGCCGACUACGAUGGACUACUUACUACUGUGCGCUGGAUGCGUGACAACUGGAAGGAGCUGGCGGAGCGACAGAGUCAUGACAGGAACGGUACCGCCAUGAUGCGGAAGGUCAUCGUCGCAUUGAGGGUCUUUCUUGAGAGGAGCUGGCUCGCAAACAGCACGAAGCAGAAGGAGGUCGUGGAUGCCGAGUUUCCAAAUUCACGACCAUCUAUUCUAGCAGCUCUGCGCAGCCCAGCAGAAACGGAACUUAUCGAUGCUGUGCGAGGGGUCGUUGAGGAGGUUGAGGAGUGGGAAGGUUGGCCAACGGAUGCAGAGGUGGAAGAGUAUGCUGCUGAUACGCGCUUCGAUCCGACGAAGCUGCCAAGCUCUGAAUCAGAACUCGUAUUCAUCGACUAUCGCCUGGCGCAUGAUGUUGCGAAAAAGCAUCAUCACCGAGACCCUUUCUCGCCGCGCGCCUGA